UGCUGGUGGUGGGUGGCAGAGGCUGUGUUGCUCUGGUUGUGCGAGGUUGGUGAAGGCGACGGCAACACUCCCCGGGGGUUUUACCUUUUUAACUACAUCUUCCAUCAUGACCUCUACACUUGCUAACAUCGCCAAGGCUGCCCUUGCAGCGGUGCCCAGGCAGGCCAGGGUGGCUGUACCCACGGUACUGACACAGAAGCGGACAUAUGGCACUGACAAACGCAUUGAGGUGGCAAACCCCGUCGUGGAGCUGGAUGGUGAUGAGAUGACCCGCAUCAUCUGGGAAAAAAUUAAAGAGUACCUCAUUUUCCCUUACCUUAAGAUUGAUUGUAAGUACUAUGAUCUGGGCUUACCAUACCGUGAUCAGACUGACGAUCAGGUGACCAUAGAUUCUGCUCUGGCAAUACAGAAAUAUAAUGUUGGCAUUAAGUGUGCCACAAUCACCCCAGACGAACAGCGUGUUGAAGAAUUCAAGUUAAAAAAGAUGUGGCUGAGUCCUAAUGGAACCAUCCGUAACAUUCUGGGUGGCACUGUUUUCCGUGAGCCUAUCCUCUGUAAAACAAUCCCUCGCCUGGUACCUGGUUGGACUCAAAGCAUAGUUAUUGGCAGACAUGCCCAUGGUGAUCAAUACAAGGCCACUGAUGUUGUCAUACCUUCUAAUGGCACAGUAGAGCUGGUGUUUACCCCUGAGGGUGGUCAGCCUCAGAGAAUGAAGGUGUUUGAUUACAAGACUGGAGGUGGUGUUGCCAUGGCCAUGUACAACACUGACGAGUCUAUCCGUUCUUUUGCCCAUGCUUCUUUCCAAGUUGCAAUAGCAAAGGGGUGGCCACUUUACAUGUCAACGAAGAAUACUAUCCUCAAGAGGUAUGAUGGGCGAUUCAAAGAUAUUUUUGAGGAAAUUUAUCAAGCAGAGUACAAGAAACAAUUUGAUGCAAAGGGCAUUUGGUAUGAGCAUCGCCUCAUUGAUGAUAUGGUAGCUCAGGCUCUGAAGUCUUCUGGUGGUUUUGUAUGGGCUUGCAAAAAUUAUGACGGUGAUGUCCAGUCAGAUGUUGUUGCUCAAGGUUAUGGUUCACUUGGUCUUAUGACAUCAGUUCUGAUGUGUCCAGAUGGCAAGACAAUAGAAUCUGAGGCUGCCCAUGGGACAGUGACGAGACAUUACAGAGAGCACCAAAAGGGCAACAACACUUCGACAAACCCUAUUGCCUCCAUCUUCGCUUGGACCAGGGGUCUUGAACAUCGUGCCAAGUUAGAUGGAAAUUCCGAGCUGGCCAGGUUUGCACAGUCACUGGAGAAGGCUUGUGUAGACACAGUUGAUGCUGGUCACAUGACGAAGGAUCUUGUUGGCUGCAUUCAUGGCAUAAAGAAUGUAAAGGAUGGGAUGUACUUGUACACAAACGACUUCCUUGAAGCUAUCCGUGAAGAUCUAGCAAAGAAAAUGUCUGCCUAAAGCCCUUAAUUUCAUAAACAGGAGUUUAAUAAAAUCAGCAUCACUAGGCCAACACAAACAUGAAUGCCACUUGGAGUCUGAACAUAACCUUGCUGGAUGGCAUUUUAAAAUUCUGAAUAUAUGUCUAAGCAUAAUAGUUGAAUAAAUAUCAGUUUUUCAAAAUCAAUUUCAUAGUGUUAAAAAAGUAAAAUUGUAGCGCUGCGGUCACUUAAGCAAUGAUAGUGGCUGCAGUUACAGUAUUUCCCCUUUUGUUGGCUGAAUGGGAUGACUUGAUGUUCGUCGAACUGUGAUAUUUUUUUUCUUGGGGCUUUGUAAAAUAUUUAUGGAUAUUGGAAUCAUCUGGUAGCUACUGAACUUUUCUAGCUGUAGUUAUGCCAUGUACAAAUUUUGAUUAAAAAAAAAAAUUGCACAAUUGGUACCGAGAAAUUUUUAAUGGUUACUUAGUACCAGUUUUGCACUAAGAUCCUUUUUUCCUGGUAGCUGACACUCCAAGUUGUGUUUUCCUAAAGUAACCUGUCAGUGAGCAGUACAAAUAAAGCAAUGGUGUAUCUUUGAAUGCUGUUGUGAAAUGGUAGCAACAUUAUUCUGAAAGUCCAUAUAGAAUUGCUGUAGUUUUUUGAGUUCGUCUAUCUACAUUUAAAAUCAUUGUGAACCGAGUUAAGUGGGGAAAUUCCAUUGUAAUGAACAAAUGCUGCAUAUGGACAGAAUAGCCAGUUUAGAAAUACUGUUUUUAAAGAAAAAGCAUUUUAAUGCAAGGUAAAUUUAUCCCUCAACUCUUUAUUUUAAUACAGUAUUUUAUUUAUACCUAAAUUUAAAAAAUGUUGUGCUGUGCAAAUGUAUAUCUUGAACAACUAAAGAACUGAAUAGAGUUGAAGUCAUUCCAGUGUAAAUAUUUACCGAAU